CCAACCAUGUCAUCCCACCACGCCGCACCACCUGCUCACCCUUACUCGCGCCCCGCUACGCCUCACCCUCAGCACCAGAUUGGCUGGGUGGGGCUGGGCAACAUGGGCAAGAGCAUGGCCCUCAACCUCGCCCGCAAUAUGGCUUCGCGUCAGCCUCCUUUGCCUCCUCUCCUCGUCUACAACCGUACAGCAUCGAAGUCUCAGGCGCUUGUAGACGAGGCGAAGGACAUGGCAAAGGUGUGCGAGGACCUCGUCGAGAUGGGACAGAAGUGUGAUCUCGUAUUCGUAAGCCUGAGCGAUGACAAGGCGGCAAAGGAUGUGUUUGCCAAGCUGCUCGAGGGAGAGGAGAAGAAGAAUGGCAAGCCAGGGCACAGGGAAGCCAGUGUGGGCAAGACAAUCUUUGUAGACACUUCGACGCUGUACCCGGAAACGACGGGCGAACUCGAACGUCAGAUCUCUGCUGUCCCCAACCGCUACUUCAUCGCAGCUCCCGCCUUCGGCCCCCCUCCCAUGGCCCAUGCUGGUACCCUCGUGUUUGCCAUUGCUGGACCUCACAACGCCAAGAAGUUUGUGAGCCAAUUCCUCGUGCCGGGCGUCGGCCGAAAGGUCAUGGACUUUGGUAGCAACCCAGAGCGAGCGGCCAGCUUCAAGCUCAUUGGCAAUUCGCUCAUUCUGAGCACCAUCGAGAUGCUCAGCGAGUGCAUGACACUGGCAGAAAAGACAGGUGUAGGAGCAGACCAGUUCUUUGACUUUGUUAAAGAGUUUUACCCAGCCCCAUCUGCCAUCGGCUACGCCAAGAAGAUCCUUGACCAGAGCUUCGGUUCAGCAGAGGGCUUCUCCCUCGACGGCGGCAUCAAGGACGCCUCGCACAUUCGUCGUCUCGGUGCCAGCGUGGACUGCCCCUUGCCCAUCGUAGACGUGGCUCAUCAACACCUCAUCGCAGCGCGAGCCAACGCUCCACCUGGGCAGAAACUCGACUGGAGCUCUUUGGUGGCAGGGCAGCGAUUGGCUAGUGGGCUGCCAGCCUUUGGCAAGAGGGAAGGCUUGCAGCGAGACGGUGGCAGGCGGGAUGAGUGA